ACCACCCUCCUCAGGAUCACUUUACUGUGGACAAAAAUCACACUGGAAACUUACCAUUCAUUAUUCAUUCAGUACAGAGCAAAAAUCUCCAUAGGGUGUUCUCAUUGUAAAGCUUAUUUAAGCAGAAAGGACUUUGGCUUACUGAGGAAGGAUAACAGAAUUUGUUGCAUCUGGGUGCAAUAAAUUCUGUUAAUCUGGCAGAUCAGGGAAAUGGAGCCAUCAAAUUAAAUAUUUUAGUAAUCAGAAUAACAGAAAAGUAAAUCUGUUAUAUAAAGAUUACCAAUUAAUACUCAGAAUAUAAUUUAAUAACAUACAAAAGCCAUGUUGGACACUAAUUUACCUUAAGAAACUCGAAGAUUAUAUUUAUCUGCCAAUAAUUAAGCUGACUACUUAAUACACCUGUGCCACACGGUGGCAGUGGUUCUUCCAUCUCUGGGACUGCUCUGCUAAGCCAAAAGGGGAGAUAAGCCACAGCGCUUGUAAUUCUUUUUCUCUUAAUGGAAGAGUGUAGAAAUAACUUAAAUGUCAUUCAACAUUCCCUUAAACUAAUCUCAAUGUUUUCUUCCCAUUUUAGGUGACUGCAUUUUUGUGAGAUUAUAAAUGUACCAAGGAGGUUAACAAAACUAACUCAAGAAGAAUGGAAGAAGGUCAGCUGGAAGCCUCAAAUCUUCCUCCAAAAAUUUGGCAUUCUGCGGUGACAGUGUCAGUGACAGGUGAACCACCUACUGCUGUAGAAGAAAAUGAAGAAACAGCCAAAGAAACAGCCGUAGAAAUCAUCCCAGAAGUCAUGGAGCCACUCUGCUUUCUAGAUGUACUGAGGAUCUCUGCAGUUCUGGAGGACACCACAGACCAGCUCUCUAUUCUAAACUAUAUCAUGCCAGUUCAGUAUGAAAAAAGAAAAAGUAUCAGUGUGAAGAAUAACAAAGAAAUUCAUUCAGAAGGAAAAAGCUUAGAAAAACUUUCACUGGUCUUAAAACCCUCAAAAAUAUCCGGUCCAUUCGUACAUAAAGAAGAGCUCAAGUUGCCAGAAAUCAGACAAGGAGGCCAAUUAAACAAAGUGCAAGAUCUUAUCUUCAAAAAACCUACAAGGCAGACCAUAAUGAAUACAGAGACACUGAAGAAAAUUCAGAUUGAUAGGCAAUUUUUCAGUGAUGUAAUUACAGAAACCAUGCAGGAGUUGCAAGAUUCAGGCACUUUCACCAAUCUCCUGAAAGCUUUGGGCAAAGAGAGGGAAAACAAAAUGCAUUUCUAUAAUAUAAUUGCCAGGGAGAAAAAUGGAAGAAAAAAGAUAAAAUCUCUUCAAAAACAGCUACUUAAUGUCAAAAGAGAAAGGCAAGCUGAAGUACAGAGUCGGCAUGAAUAUAUUGCUCACCUCAAGGACCAGUUGCAAGAGGUGAAGGCAAAAACCAAUAUGGAGAAUCGCUAUAUGAAGAGAAACACUGAGCUGCAGAUUUCCCAGACCCAGAAAAAAUGUAGCAAAACAGAGGAGCUCUUGCUGGAAGAGAUUGAGAAACUAAGGCUGAAAACUGAAGAAGAGAACCGGAUUCAUGCAGAGAUUGAAAUAUUCCUUAGAAAGGAGCAGCAGGAUCUGGCUUUAAUGAAUUGGAACACAAGGCAGAGUUUUCCAGGUAAACUUGAGGAGAAGCUAGAGUUCUGGAUGGAGAAAUUUGAUAAGGACACAGAAAUGAAACAGAAUGAACUAAAUGCUCUCAAAGCUGCUAAGGCCAGUGACUUAGCACACCUUCAAGAGCUUGCAAAGACGAUAAGGGAAUAUGAACACGUCAUCAUUGAAGAUCGUAUAGAAAAGGAGAAGACCCGGAAGAAGACAGAACAGGAUCACUUGGAAUUAAAGAGCAGCAUAAAGCUCCAGGCCUGGUGGCGAGGCACUGUGGUGCGGAAGGAAAUUGGUGGUUUCAAAAUGCCCAAGAAGGACAAAGAUGAUGGCAAGGAUUCAAAAGGUAAAGGUAAAGGCAAAGACAAGAACAAGCGGAGAGGCAAGAAGUGACCAAGUUAUCUUCUGUCUUUUCUGAUGGUGUUUGGAGGUGGGAAGGAGGACCUGAAGGGAGUAAGAAACAUCUUUUACCAUCACAGAUAACUCAUCUACAGGUUGUUUCUUAUUUGGACAUUCCCAGGUGAGGCCUGGUUAUACUCGGUCACCUUGACUGUUAUACUAGUUUUCA